AUGUCCCAAAGGAGGCAUAGGCAGCUCGAGAAUGAUAUGGAUCCCCCCGAAGCGUCGGUAGAAAAAAGCAAUUGGGAUGAAGGCAACCACAGAGAGAAGCCCGACGCGGCGGCCCGAGACCAGUCGGUUCUAGCAAGCUCAGUAGAGUCAAACAUAACGCAAGUUCCAAAAAAGGAAGUUUCUAGCCUUCCAGUUUGCAUCCCAUAUCCAUCCGCACAGGAAAUCCGGCAGAAGAGACCCCAAGUCGCUCAAUGGAAUGCCAAUUAUAUCACUCUACCCUCCGAGAGUCGUGGAACUCGGCAGGAGAUCCUCGAAUUUGCGCCUAUUAGGCGGCUGCCGCUCGAGCUACUUUCGACGAUCAUCAGUAUGCAUGUCGAGGAUCAUGCGUCAGUCUGGGAGCCAAUGCAAGUUUCGAAGACGUGGCGGUCUGCCACUUUGCUCGUGCCCAAUCUUUGGAACUCACUCCUUCUAUGCUCGCCAGAUUGGCCAAACAUUAAGAAGGCGAAAGAGGACAGAGGAAGAAUCGGAACAUAUGACGUGUGCUGUGCAGAAGUACAUGUACGUCGUGCACUCGCCCGUACGAGAUCACAUUUUCUCAAUUUACAAAUAUCCUCCAUGACUGGAGAUCCACGGGGUCCGUUGUCGUACUCCACCCAGCCGACACUCCGACUCAUCUCGCAUCUUCUGGAAAUUAUCAGGACGUCCUUACCCGCUCGUCGCGUUCGCAACUUGACGCUCGACAGCAAGGAACUUCCAGACACUGUGUUUGCUGAUUGGGACUUUUCGAUGCUGGAGGAGAUCAAGACCAGUAAUGAAUACGUCUUCGACAAGGCAAUUGGAGAAUCUAGGUCUCUCACCACCCUGUACGUCUCAUCCGGAUUGCUUCCAAAGCUUGGGCCUUCCGCCAACAUUGGCCACAUCACCAAGAUACAUAUGGUGGACAAUGCACCCCUAAUUGGGUUGUCGCACUGUCACUUUCUCACUGAUCUAACAGUGAGAGCGCUCAGGGGUGAUGGAGAAAUAGUUGCAUUCCCGAGGCUGAAGCGGCUCCACGUCAGCAACUUGUUCACCGGGUGGACGAUUGUCUGCCCAAACUUGGUUCACUUACAGAUUACAGGUACGAGUGGCCGGUCAACCUGGUCCGGACAGGUCCACCUCCCUCAGUUGAGGGAACUUGUGUACUUCUACGCUCUUGAUGUCGACUCGAAACUAAUGUGCUUUGAUGUUCCCAAUCUCCGCGUCCUCAAACUGGCUUACGGUGUAACUUCUUACAUAACUAUCCAGGCGCUCACCAAACUCUGGGUAAACGGAGGCUCCACUGACUCGUACCGUCAGCAUCUAGAUCCACAGGAACUCAUAGUCAAGGAUAUAUUUAUCGCUUCCGAGACUCUCUGUGGUAUCCUUCGUCACUUGACGCGUUGCAAGGAGUUGCGUCUCGAGAAUGUUAUUCGCUCAUCUGGGUUCUUUCAGGGUAUGAGCACGGUCUCCUCAGAAGAAAAGGACGAAAUCCGUGCGGCGAAUCCUCCGCUACCAAACCUCACGAAUCUGAUCGCCGAAAUACGAGAAAGUCCAAGAGUUCCCCCAGAGAGAAUAUUAAUUGCUGCCAAGCGUCUAGUGCAGACAAGAAGGGAGCUGGGUAUACCUCUCGAAAGACUGUCGAUCAAAACACCGGGAAAUGAAGGAUGGCGAGAGCUUGUUCAAGAGGGUGACUGUGAAUAA